AUGACAAAUUGUUACCGCGAAAAGUUCGGACGAACACGUCUGCAAACAGUUCCCGUUAUUAUCCUUGCAAUUGUCAUAUGUGCAGCAAGUGUACAAAUACUGAUCGAAAGUGGAGAAAGACCAUUAAAAGAUAUACGAUAUUUUCAUGGUGCAUCAUCCAAUAAAACUUCAUCAGACAUUGAUGUGACCCUGUUUUUUAUCGUUGCGAUGGUUCUGACUAUCUCUGUAGUUAUUUCAACAUGUGUGCUAUUUGCUUGGAGUUUUCAUGCUUACAAAUACGUUCGUUUCCUAAUGGGACUUGCAGCUAAUCAUAUAGUUAUCCAACGGAUUGCACACAUUGUUUAUAAUUAUCCCCUCGAUGUUAUAACUAUGAUUAAUUCGGUACAAGCGAUUCAUUUUGAUGUGAAUGAUUUCGCUGACGUCGAUAUCGGUAUGGCACGUUCGAUGUCAUUAGUAUUCACUCAUGAUAUCGAAAUUGAUUUACAAAGUCAAUUAGAAACAAUGGAUGAUAUCGAACGUGCCCUGUGUACGUCUCGACUUUGA